UUCUGAUUUCUUCCAGGAACUAGGUAGUUCAGUAAAUAAUGUUCCGACCAGUAGGUGUAGCUCGGGUACCUUACUUUUGCCUCUCUUAUACUCUAACUUUUGUUUCUCUGCGACCCUUUAAUCUCAUCGUUUGAAAUGUCAUUCUUUGUGCAGGCAUGGACCCCGGAGACUUCUUUGCACACUACCAAGCUGCUGCCGAAGCUUCUGUCCCGAAGAAGGACAGCAAAAGAGCUCGUGGGGAAAGUAGCAAGACCCCUUCGAAGAAAGCCCGAACAGAAGAUGCUCCCACCGACGCCCCCUCCAAAGAGAACUUAACACAUCCGCCUGCCCCCGAGCAGCAAACUUCCACGCCUGCCGAUCCUCGGUCUUUCUCAAAGGCCGUAGACAAAGAGACCAUGAACCACUUGUCCGAAGGCUCCCUGCCCAGCCACAUAGUUGGCAUGGCCAGGGAGAGAUUAUAUCAGCUCUCUAAGCACAAGCGCUCCCAGGUCGCCAUCACUGACACUGCCACGAUGGACAUUAACGAAAUCAUUAACAGAGGGCUGAACGAGAUAGCCAGUGGGUUUUUGUCCUUGAUUGCUAGCUGGCGCCGAGCUGGGGCGAUGGUUUCUCGAGAGAGGAACUUUGACUCCAGGCUUGCCCAGGCUACGCAAGCACUUAAGGAUGAGAAGACCAAGCUGCUCGAGGAGAACCAGGAGAUGGUUAAACUGAACGAACAGCUAUGCGAGGAUCAAUCCACUCUUACCUGAGAGCUUCAGGAGAGUGAAGCGGCCCGGAACAAAGCCAUCGAUGAGCGGCACAAAUGGAAGGAGGACUGCAAACUCAACACCCAAGAGUGCAAGCAUCUCACACUCGACCUGACCGCUAGCAGGGAUGAGGUAAAGAAGCUUGAGGAACGGGUGUGCGAGCUCGAGGAGGAUAGAGUUAAAACUCUGAAGAAGUAUAAGGAAGCCAACUUCCUCUGUUUCUACGACUUCUGGAUGCACAAUCGGGAGACAAACAUUAGCUAUCUCUCCGAGCAGUUGCAAGAGACGUUGAUGAUGCAGUGUGUUGCUUGCCUGGGAGAAGAAGAGAAAGCCAAGGCCCAAACUUUUGCUGCUGCUGCUAUGGCUAAACCUCCGGCUGAUCAAAACGCUCCUAAUCCAGAAGACCCUCCUGCCCCCCAGCAAAAUUAAUAUUAUUUUUUUCUUUUUUCGCUUUAUGGCCCACGGGUCUUUUUGUAAAGACAAUCUUUUUUUUAUAUUAUUUUAUUGCUGCGAGGGCAGCUCUUUUGCUUAUGCUUGAACAAUUACAUCCGAGCAGUACUGCUCGCGGUGUAAAGGUUUUUAUUCCUUUUAAUUCUAUUUUUAUAUCCGAGCGCUAAUGCUCGCGGUGUAAACGUUUGCCUUUGAUAUUAUAAUCUUUUAUUAUAAUACCUGUUCGCAUGACCGAACUUAGCAUAGUACUUUGGUUUGAUUUAACAAAAUCAUAAAUUUUGAAAAAUACGCUAAGUACCGUAGCAUGCUUUCACUUAUUUUGUUCAUGUGUUUAAAUACCUUGUGGUAUGCUUUGCUAUCGAUGUACCUUAUAUGCCCCCCAAGUGAUCGAGGAGCUUUAGGUCCUUGGUCACUUGCCUUGACCACGACCUAUGCGAACAUUACUGCUCGGUGCAAAAUUUAACACUUGUAAUACAGCAAAACAACACACGUAAUGAACAAAUACUUGUAAAAAUAAUUUUACAAUAGUUGGCAAGAAUGACUGGCUGCGCACAGUCCCUUAUAAUCUCGUAUUAAAAAUGGACUAAACAUGUCUUUACGAGUGAUCUUAAAAAAGAUCUUACAU